UAACAUACAUUUUCGAUUUUGCAGAAUGUCACAAUUUUGAUGGAGAAUGUGUUAAACCUGGUGAGGAAUUCGACGACCAUUGUAUGACCUACAGAUGUAAAAACAACGGCAAAUUAGAUAGAGUUGGUGCAAAAUGUGAAUAUGAUGGUAAAUGUUAUGAUAUCGGAGAUGACUGGGUGGACAGGAAGAGAUGUAAACACGUGGUUUGUAGGGCUGACAAAAAAUUAGGGGCUGUCUUCUUUAGAAGGAAAUACGGUUGUAAAGAUGACAAAGGAAACUGCUUUGCACCAGGAGAGUUUGCAGUGAAGGACGGAAGUUGUGUGAAAUAUAAAUGUUAUUCAGACCAUAUAUUGAGACGAGAAGAUUGCGAGUUUAAGGGCAAAUGUUAUGGCUCUGACGAGACAUGGGUUGAUAUGUCUGAAUGUCUGACUUUAUCCUGUUAUAAAGACGACUUCACUGGCGAAUCGGAACUGUCUUCUUCUCCAUACGGUUGCUUGGAAGAGGGCAUCUGUAAAAAUCCUGGUGAUACAUAUGAAAAGGAUUGUCAAAAAUAUGAAUGCCAGCCAAAUGGACAAGGAUUCCAGAUAGUUGAUUCUAAAUGUCCAUGGAAAAACAACUGUAAAAAUUUGAAUCAGACCUGGUUUGACAAGAAGACAUGUAGACGAUACGGUUGUUUUGAAGACGAAGAUGGAUUAGAUAUAGAAGAAAUUACCUAUGGAUGCCGUGGUAUGAAUGACGAAUGUAUUAAUGACAGGAAAGAUUUAGAUCAGGACAAUUGUAUCAGUUAUGAUUGUAAUAAUGGAAAACUGGUGCCACAGAAAGUUGGUUGUGAAUUAGAUGGUGAAUGUAUGAAAGUGAAUGAUUAUAAAGUUGACUCAGAAAAAUGUAUUAAAUACAGAUGUGUUAUGUCAAGUGCUGGAGACGGAUUUAUUGCUACUAAAAUCAAAGAAAUAAGAGGUUGCCUAGACCACGACCAAUGUUUCUUCCCUGGAGCUAAGAAAGUAGAAGAUUGUAGUACCUAUGUCUGUUCAAGGGACGGAACAUUUAAGAUACAAGAUCCACAAUGUGAAUUUCUUGGACAGUGUAUACCUUUAGGAACAAAAUGGAGAAAUGAUGAAAAGUGCAAGAAAUUCAGAUGCGAGCUAAGCAAGUUAACUGGUCGACCAGUUGUUAAAUCAUUUGUUUGGGGCUGCAUGGGAAGAAAGAAGUGUGUUAAGUUUGGUGGGAAAAGGAGAUUGAGAAGAUGUGUUGUACAUCAAUGUCAAAAAACAGACGCUGGACCCAGUUUUGUCCCUGUUAAAAUUGGAUGUCUAAAGGACAAUGCUUGCAGGCCUCUUAAUUCCUCAUGGGUCAAUCAAGAUUUAUGCGUUAGAGAGACAUGCGGAUACGAAGAGGGUAACAUGUUCCCGGAUAUAUUGCCAUCACCAUACGGAUGCACCGAUGAAUCUGGAGUAUGUCGACCAUUUGGCGCCAAGGUCAAAGAUGAGAACAAUCCAUGCGUUAAAUACAAAUGCACACGAUAUGGUACGAUGGUACCAGUAAUAGUUGGAUGUCCUUACAACAAUAAAUGUAAACCUGAUGGGGCUGUAUGGAGAGACACAAAAACAUGUACAACAUAUAAGUGCAAGCGGGAAAAUGUCAGUCCAACAAGAGUUAUAAUGCAUACAGUUGAGAAGCCAGGGUGUAAAGGAAUGGACGGAAAGUGUGUUAAACAAGGCGAUACUAGACGAUACGAAUGUACUGAUUAUGUUUGUGACACGAGCAGAGGAGGACUUGUCAUAACUGGUCAAGGAUGCAUGCAUUGGAAGGAAUGCAAACCACUCAAUUCAACAUGGAUGGAACCAAGGACAUGCAUAACAUACCAAUGUCGAUAUGACCAAGUGUUAAACGAUUUAUUCAUAACAGAAAAACAAUAUGGUUGCCAAGAUGAAAGUGGAGAAUGUUUCAGCAAAGGCCAACGAAAGCAACGAAGCUGUAAUAAAUUUGUUUGUAAUGCAAAGGGAAACUUCCAAGUUGUCAAAGCAGGAUGUGAAAAGAACGGCAAAUGUUACGCUAUAGACGAAUCAUGGCAGGAAGGAUGUGUUUGGUACACAUGUGCUAUGCUCGAUAAAGGACCUAACUUUGUAGAAACCGAGAUUGCCGAACGUCACGGUUGUGUUGGAGUUGAUGGUAAAUGUUAUGAGCCAGGAGAAACUUUCAAAGAUGGAUGUAUAUCAUACAAAUGCAAACCAGGAGGAGACUUCGAAGAGGAGAACUUUGGCUGUGUUGGAUUUGACGGAGGAUGUGUAUUACCAGGAGAAACAAUAGAUAAUGACUGUAACAAGUACCAGUGUGACCCGUCCUCGUUAGCCUUGCAACCAGUUCAUAUGUCUUGUAGCGUUAAUGGAGUCUGUAAGGAAAUUGAUGAUAAAUGGUUUGACAAGGAGACAUGUCUGGGUUACAGGUGUGUUUACAAUCCAGAAACCAAUGAUGUUGACGUCAUAGAGAGAAUUUCAGGUUGGUUAAAUAAAAACAGGUACCAGCUUUUUACACAACUAUAG